AUGAGAGUCAUGUGGCGAGGGCCGCUGAUUGUGCUCGCACUCGCGCUGCUCGCUCACCUCGUUGGGGUGCUGCUGCCGAUAUCUCCGCAGCCAUCCGACCCCGCCGUAGCCUCACUCAGCUUACGAUUUCGCGAACGCGUUGUCGCCUCAUCGGGUCUAGCUAUCAGCAGCACAGGCUCCUUCUUCCGCGAUCGGGACAUGGUCUUCUGGUGGCGGUUUGCGGACAACUUCGGGGCAAAUCCGAGCACACCUUACAUGUUCAACGCACUGCCAUUGCUCGGAUGCUUACUUCCGAGCCCAAUCUGGGGCCUGGGCGCUCGUGACGCCGUGGUGCUGCUUGCCCGUGUGCCACCACCAUGCGAGUAUUGGUCAUUGACAGUCUACGCAAUGUUCAUGCCCCGACAACCCCCGUUGCCAUUUGCGAGCCUUGGAGACUCAGUCAACAUGAUGAAUGUGAAACAGCACGAUGGUCUGUUCGCGCACGUGAUUACGGCCAACCAGAGGACCUACGACCUGGUGGAGGAGGCGCUCGUUGCGAGCGGGCUGCCUGCUUCCGCCAUCAAUCUUGCUGCCGUGCCAUCCGGCCUUGGCCUCUUCGACGACGUGAUGCACCUCGUUGGGCAGGUACGGCUAGGGACGUACUUCGAGGCUCUUGCACGCCUGUACAAGUUCGCGAAUCAGACCGAGGGCGACGCAUACAUCCAUUCCCAUCCGCCCGUCUUCUACCUCCGAGCUGAGCACGACGAGGACGAGUGGCUACCUGCCUCCACCUCCCCGGGCUACCGGUCCCGCAGCCAUCCCGAGAGCGCCGACGAGGCCCCCCUCGCUCCCGCCUUUGAGGCCCACGGGCGUCAGGUGGUGCAACGGAUCGGGGAAGCUCUUCGCACAUCUCGCACACCGACCCACACAUUGGCCAACGAAGUGACGUUUGCAGCGCUGAAGUUCAAGGGCCUGGAGUGCCUGCAGAAGCGCACGAAGUGCCUCGGAGAUGGCCCCGACGCCGCAUACUUUGCCCCGAAUGUCCAUGAAGACAACGAUGCGAUGGAACUGCUGCAGCUGGCCACCAAGGAUGAGAUACAUGUGGUCACGCUUGUACACCAUCGGCUCCAGAACACGGCCAUCUACGGCUCGAUUGCCAUGGUCAAGCCGUGGCGGCCACAUCUGCCCACGUUGAGCAAGACCUUGAUGGCGGUGCUGGGCACAUCAAUUGGAGUGACCAGCCUCGACUUCCCGCACACAGCAUCACGCUUCGUCACAUGGGUGUUCACGCGCAACGCCGCGCAUUGUGCUCAGCUCAUGGAAGGAGGCGUGCUCCCAGUGGUGGACGGCUGCUCCGUGGUCGACGAGGCUGACGUCCCGCACCAUGGCUACCUCACAUAUUGCGAGCGCGUCUACCUCAACCCCAAGACCGGACUCGGUCCAGAGUGGGAUAAGCUCCUUCCGGCGCGCUUGUAUCAUGUCCAACUGCACUCGUGA